CAGGUCUGACAGGGUUUGCUCUUUAAUACCCUCCCAGCACACUGAAAGCAGAAGAGGGCGGAGGUUGCUGCUGUGAGAGAAAAAACAACUACAACAGGCGUUCUAGGAUCACAACUGCCAUCAAAGGUCGACUUGCCACUUGAAGUGGGGCAACUCGGUGAGGAACCUCAGCCACUGCCAAGGAGGUGACGAGAAAGAGGCACCAGCACCCAGCUGGGGAGUACCAGCCAGAGAGGCCAGCAGUCAACAGAGGGCAAAGAGCUCCCUGGGCAAGAGCCAUGGCCUGGCCACCUCCCUGCUGUCUGUGGGUUCUAGGGACCCUGGUGGGGCUCUUAGCUGCCCCAGGCCCCAAUGGCUGUCCAGAGAGGCACUACCAGGCUCAGGGAGACCUGUGCUGCCAGAUGUGUGAGCCAGGAACGUUCCUAGUGAAGGACUGUGACGGGCACGGAAAGGCUGCUCGGUGUAAGCCAUGUGUACCAGGGGUCUCCUUCUCGCCAGACCACCAUACCAGGCCCCACUGUGAGAGCUGUCGGCACUGUAACUUUGGUCUCCGCAUCCGCAACUGCACCAUCACCGCCAAUGCCGAGUGUGCCUGCCCCAAUGGCUGGCAGUGCCGGGACAAGGAGUGUACCGAGUGUGAUCAGCUCCCAAACCCCUUGUUGACCACUCGUCUGCCUCAAGCCCCAGGCCCACAUCCACAACCCACCAGCUUACCUUAUGCCGAAAAGAUGGCAGAGGCCAGAAGCAUCAGGCCCAUGCAGACUCUGGCUCAUUCCAGGUGGCUGCCUGCCCCUGCACGCUCUACCCAUUGGCCACCCCAAAGGUCCCUGUGUAGCUCAGACUGUAUCCGCAUCUUUGUGGUCCUCUCUGGAAUGCUACUUGCUUUCACCCUGGGCGGAGUCCUGUUCCUCCACCAACAAAGAAAACAUGGAUCAAGUAAGAGACAAAAUACAGACAAAGGAGAAAACCCAGUGGAGCCUGCAGAGCCCUGUGCUUACAGCUGCCCCAGAGAGGAGGAAGGCGGAGCCAUUCCCAUCCAGGAGGAUUACCGCAAACCGGAGCCCACUGCCUACCCCUGAGCCAACCAGGGUGAGGGUGCGGGGUCAUGCCAUAAAGCCCUAGCUUCCACUCCAGCCCAUCUGGCCAUUCAGAGGGAACUAGACCUGGCACCCCAACUUCAAUACCAUCCUCUCAUCAGGACCCUUUCCUGUGUACAGACUUGAAAAAGUGGGUUUAUGGGACUGGCAAUGACGAGGACAAGUGGGAAUGAGCUGGAGGUGGGAAGCAGGAGCCAGCUUCUCUGGGCUGCAAGAGGGGUGGGGUUCUGGCUGUAAAACACACUUCCGGCUACAAAAACCCCACAUAUUGUAUCGCUGACCUAAAAAUCAGCAAAAUAAAGUGACAGAUUACCACACACUGCAGAUGUCUGGCUCUUUGAAAUUCCAGU